GCCGCGGCCUGCCCGGCUUCCCCGCCGUGCAACAGGGCCGGGGUGGGGGGGGGCAAACAGCGACUGGGGGGGCUCGUAGCCCCUGCCCCCAGCUUGGCCCUGCUCCCCAACCCUGCUCCGGCCCCGGGGUGCAGAGGAGGAGGACAGAGAGAGGGGACGGUGGGUGCUGGGGGACAGAAGGAAAAGGGGGGUCUCUGCGGCUGUCCCUGCUGCCAGGUACGCCAUGGUGGAGGUGACGGUGACGCCGCAGUCCUCGCUGGCCGACCGGCCGGUGCAGGUGCAGGUGCGGGGACUGUCCCCUUCCCAGCUCGUCACCCUGCGGGCCUCGCUGACGGACGAGCACGGCCAGUGUUUCCAGUCCCGGGCCUUCUUCCACGCCGACGGGACGGGGGAGGUGGACCCCAGCCGCCAUGCCGCCACGGGGGGCAGCUACGCCGGCGUCUGGCCCAUGGGGCUCUUCUGGUUCCUCCAGCCCGACACCCUCUUCCGACGCCUGGUCAAACGGGACGUGGCCGGCAGCCCUUUCCUCGUCCGGCUGGAGGUCUUCGAUGGCCUCCACCUGGUCACCGGGCCCCAGGACCAGCCGCUGGCCUCCUGCGAAGCCCAGCGGUGGUACGUGGGUCCCGGCGUCCAGCGGGUGCCCAUCCGGGAGGGCAGGGUCCGCGGGGCUCUCUUCUUGCCACCCGGACCGGGACCCUUCCCGGGGGUGAUCGACCUGUUUGGGGGCGCGGGUGGCCUCAUUGAGUUCCGGGCGGGGUUACUGGCCAGCCGGGGUUUCGCGGUGCUGGCACUGGCCUUCUUCGCCUACGACGACCUGCCCCGCGCCCUGACCCAGCUGGAUCUGGAGUAUUUCGAGGAGGCGGCCGAGCUGCUCCUCCGGCACCCCAAGGUGCGAGGCCCCGGCCUGGGUGUCGUCGGCGUCUCCAAAGGAGCCGAGGUGGCCCUGGCCAUGGCCACCUUCCUCCCCCAGGUGGUGGCCACGGUGUGGAUCAACGGCACGGCCUUCCUGCACGGCAACCCGCUGGUCUACAAGGACAUCCGCAUCCCCCCCAUCCCCUACUUCACCGAGCGCAUGAUCUUCACCGAGAUGGGGGCCUUGGACAACUCGGCCAUCUUCGCCGACCCCCGGGACCCCGCCUACAGCGCCUCGGCCAUCCCGGUGGAGAAGAUCCGAGGGAAAGUCCUCUUCGUGGUGGGGGAGGCCGACCGCAGCUUCAACAGCAAGCUCUUCGCCGAGUUGGCCAUGGCCCGGAUGCCACCGGAGAGCGGUCGCGUCCUCUCCUACCCCGGAGCCGGCCAUUUGAUCGAGCCCCCCGGUUCCCCGCUCUGUAGCAUCUCCAGCAUCCGAGGAACCCCCCGGCCGGUGGUGUGGGGGGGUGAAGCCCAAGCCCACGCCAAAGCCCAGGAGCACUCGUGGCAGGAGAUCGUCCAGUUCUUGGAGCUCCACUUGGGUCCCGCCGCCACCAUGAAGCUGUGAUGGCCGCGGGGAGGGGAGAAGGGGACGGGGCUGUCCCCAUCUCCCCCCCCCCCGGGGUUGUCACCCCACUUAAUAAAACGCACCCUGACAGCUGCCACUGCCUGGUCUCAUGGUGGGGGGGACACCAGGUC